CUACAGGAGAGAUCCUCCCCAUCUAUCCUCCCCACCCCUCCGCGUCUUCGUCGUCUCCCUCGCCGACAAAGCGCAGAGGCUUUGGUGGAAUCGGCGGCGAGAACUGGGGGGCGGAAUCGAGGUUGCCCCUUAGUUGAUCUCCGCGACUCCGCCUAUCUUGCUUUGUCAAUUCUAUACAGUAGCAUGGUGCUUGCAUAUUCUGCAGUGUGAAUCCGAUGUGUUGGAGCAGGAGGCUCCUUGCUCUGAUUGGGGGGUGAUGGUUGACUAUUCGGUGCGAUGGAUUGCCGAGAUCCACUUCUCAUGACCCACCAUAGUUUUGAUGCAUUGGUUGAUGUUCUGUUCUUAAAAGACUUCCACUAGAAAUUCUAGGUUCUUUCUGUAGCUUGAUUUCUGCAGUUUGACCUGUCAGUAACUCAAUGCUGUGCUACUGCUACUACUCAACGGUAGAGGUAAAAGUCUUCUUAUUUCAUCCUUUAAAUGACUAUGUGUGUGUGAUGAGCUCUGUGCUCUGUUUCCUUGUUCUUUUUCAUUCGUCAAAUGGUUGGAAUCACUACUCUUCUACUGACGAGUGAAAGUAAAAGGGCUAGAGUGUCUUCCUCAUUAUGUGUAUUGCACAUACUUCAUAGCCUCAUAAUGUCUGGAUUUGUUAAUGAGCUUUGUGCUCUGCUUUUCUUGUCUUUUUCAUACAUCUGGUCAUGGUUACACUUUAAGCCAACCAGAUCUGCAACGGUACUUGUGAUAAGAAUCUUAACCAUCAGGCUAUAGAUUCCGUAAUGCCAUAUUAGAUAAUGUUUAUUUGCCACUAGCAUGCACGACUUGCUGCAAAGAUUCCCUCAACCCAUGAUUGCCUGAUAAUUUGUUGUUAUAUUGUUUUUUUAUGAAAUAUACAUGACACGUUAAUGAUCCAUUGAUGAGCUUGACUUUAACAACAAUGUGUAUGACACAGCGGUUUGUUGCAUAUACCUUUUCUGGUUCCACCAACUAUUCUCUUCAAUCAUAUAACUUACAUUGAUACGUUUCUAACCAUCAAUGUAAAAGAUAAGUCGAUUAAUUCUUAUGCAUUAAUUUAACUGUUCUAUUCUGAUUGUUGCUUAAAAUGCUGUAAAAUGGCAGAAUGGGGGGCAGCGAGAAGACAGUUACCGCUUAUGGUGAGUACACCUAUGCUGAGCUGGAGAGGGAGCCCUACUGGCCGAGUGAGAAGUUGAGGAUUUCGAUUACUGGGGCUGGUGGUUUCAUUGGAUCCCACAUUGCUCGCCGUCUGAAGAGCGAGGGCCAUUAUAUCAUUGCUUCUGACUGGAAGAAGAAUGAGCACAUGACCGAGGACAUGUUCUGCCAUGAGUUCCACCUGGUUGAUCUCAGAGUCAUGGACAACUGUCUGAAGGUUACCCAAGGCGUCGACCAUGUAUUUAAUCUUGCUGCUGAUAUGGGUGGCAUGGGGUUCAUCCAGUCAAACCACUCUGUCAUCAUGUACAACAACACCAUGAUCAGUUUCAACAUGCUAGAGGCUGCACGUAUCAAUGGUGUGAAGAGGUUCUUCUACGCCUCCAGUGCAUGCAUUUACCCUGAAUUCAAGCAGCUUGACACAAAUGUGAGCCUGAAGGAAUCCGAUGCCUGGCCUGCUGAGCCUCAAGAUGCCUAUGGCUUGGAGAAGCUUGCAACUGAGGAGUUGUGCAAGCACUACACCAAGGACUUUGGCAUCGAGUGCCGCAUUGGCCGUUUCCACAACAUCUACGGUCCCUUCGGUACAUGGAAAGGUGGUCGUGAGAAGGCACCUGCUGCCUUCUGCAGAAAGGCUCAGACAUCCACCGAGAGGUUUGAGAUGUGGGGCGAUGGCCUCCAAACCCGAUCCUUCACUUUCAUCGACGAAUGCGUCGAGGGUGUUCUGAGAUUGACCAAGUCUGAUUUCCGCGAGCCGGUGAACAUUGGGAGCGACGAGAUGGUGAGCAUGAACGAGAUGGCUGAGAUCGUGCUGAGCUUUGAGGAUAGGAAGCUGCCCAUCCACCACAUCCCUGGUCCAGAGGGUGUCCGCGGGCGCAACUCUGACAACACCCUUAUCAAGGAGAAGCUCGGGUGGGCUCCGACAAUGAGGCUCAAGGACGGGCUUCGGUUCACCUACUUCUGGAUCAAGGAGCAGAUCGAGAAGGAGAAGACCCAGGGCAUCGACGUCGCGGCGUACGGGUCCUCCAAGGUGGUGUCGACCCAGGCGCCCGUGCAGCUGGGCUCCCUCCGUGCCGCUGAUGGCAAGGAGGGCCUCUGAGUCCCGAUCCCAUAACUGCAUACGGAAGCUGUCGGAGAGUUGUUGGGACGUACAGUAGAGAGUGAGUAAAACAGCAAACAUACGGUUUAGCCCCUUUGAGUGGGGUUAGAGACGAUCGGUCGUGUUCUAUUCGGUAUUCACCACUCCAUUAGUUUUGGUGUCAUCUUGGUAAUUGCCUGUGUAUUUUGACAUUAAGUGUGCUCCUAUGCCCGUGAUGAACAAUAAAAUUCCCUGUUUCUAUCAUGUAUGAAGUUACUCGUGAGUGGCAUUGGCCUGGAA